CGGCGCUUUUGCUUACGUCAUCAGUGCGGGACAUCAUGUGCAGGUCUGUGAAGGACGCCGCUCAGAAGUUUGGGAUGAAAUAAUUAAAAAGAUUAAAAACACAGGGUAUUUGUUAAGCUUGUUUUGGGUUAUGUGUGAGAUUUAACUUAAAAUCUCGGAGAAAUCCAAAAAUAAAACAGCAGAAAGCAAGCGGAAGUCAGUCUAAUCAGUGGCGCUGUCAUGGCGUUGUCAUGUUUAACCCGAGCUCUGCGCUCUCUGACUCUCUCCAAGCCUGCUCUGCUCUCUUCACAGGCGCCGGUCGCUCAGCUGAAGCUGGGAACUCUGGUGUCCAGUACAAUCAGCCAGUGCAGAGGCUUCCUGACCACAGCCUCUCUGAAGCAGAACAGGACGUACUGGAAACAGAGGGAUAAGUACACCACAAGGCCAAUGGGGAUGAAAAAGACUGGAGGGAGAGAUCACACAGGAAGGAUUCGCACACGGGGCAUUGGUGGAGGCCAUAAACAGAAGUACCGGUGGGUAGACUUCCAGCGAUUACGCUAUGAACCCAACAAAGAAGGUCAGCCUUUUGAAGAGAAGGUUGUCGAGGUGCGCUACGAUCCAUGCAGGUCUGCUGAUAUCGCUCUGAUAGCAGGAGGCAACCGCAAAAGAUGGAUCAUUGCAACAGAGAAAAUGCAGGCGGGAGACAUCAUUAAAACAUCUGGUGUCAUUGGACGCAUGGCAGUAUCAGCAAAUGAAGGGGAUGCUUACCCACUGGGGGCUCUUCCUGUGGGGACACUAGUGAACAACCUGGAAGUUCAGCCAGGAAAAGGAUCACAGUACAUACGUGCUGCAGGCACAAGUGGCGUCUUGCUGCGUAAAGUAAACGGGACCGCAAUCGUUCAGCUCCCUUCAAAGCAGCAGGUUCAGGUGUCGGAAACCUGUAUUGUAACGGUGGGUCGUGUGUCAAACAUCGACCACAACAAACGGAUCAUCGGCAAAGCUGGUCGCAACCGCUGGCUGGGGAUCCGCCCGUCCAGUGGCUUGUGGAAGAGGAAAGGAGGCUGGGCGGGACGGAAGAUUAAACCGCUGCCUCCGAUGAAGAGCUUCAUUAACCUGCCAUUGAUCUCCACUAUCUAACAGAAACUUACUCUGUUUAUAUUUGGUCUGCAGGUGAUAUUGCUGGAAGAAAAAAAACAACCAAACAAAUAAAGACAAGAUGCUUGUAUGGAAGA